ACCUCCUUCUCGUCUAAUUACCUCCAUCUGCCUCUCCUCUGGUUGCCAUGGUUACCACCUCACUUUACCUAGUUACUGUAGUGAGGAACAGAUGAUAAAACCUCCCGCAUGCAUAAAUUGAUGCACCUCUUUCUUUUCUCUAUCUGAUCACAGUGAUCACUGAGCUUUCUUUUGUUAGCCUGAUCAAUAAACCGUCGGUGACGUCAUCCUGUUUCCUGUCUGUGCGGGAAGUAGGUGAGGAAAAAACUGCUGAUCAGCCAACUUGCUGCCUGGAUUUUGUUUCUCUCCAGCCCGCUCUCCUCUUUCGCUCCGCAGCGAUGCUCUCACGGGGCCUGGCCGGCCUCGGUCCUUCUGCGGUGUGGUAGUAGCUACAUCGGUGGUUCGGUGUAGUUCGCAUCUCUCCGUCAUGGUCCAGAAAUCCCGGAAUGGCGGGAUGUUCCCCGGAGCGCAGGCUGACCAGAAAAAGCUGAAGGUCGGCUUCGUGGGUCUGGAGGCCGGGGGGACCGAGUCCAACAAGGACGGAGCUCUGCUCAUAGCAGGUGGGGAGGAAGGUCCUCGGCGGCAGCGCAGCAGUGUCUCUGGAGGAAAGAAACCUCCGAAACGAAAUGCACUCUACAGACGGCUCCAAAACUUCCUGUACAACGUUUUGGAGAGACCUCGAGGAUGGGCCUUCAUCUACCACGCCUACGUGUUCCUGCUGGUGUUCUCGUGCCUAGUUUUGUCGGUCUUCUCCACCAUCAGAGAAUAUGAGAAGAGCUCAGAAGAUGCUCUCUACAUCCUGGAGGUGGUCACCAUUGUGGUGUUUGGGGUCGAGUACAUGGUGAGGAUCUGGGCUGCUGGUUGUUGCUGUCGGUACAGAGGAUGGAGAGGACGACUCAAAUUUGCCAGAAAACCAUUCUGUGUCAUUGACAUCAUGGUGUUGAUAGCUUCCAUCUCGGUCUUGGCUGCGGGGACUCAGGGGAACGUCUUUGCAACAUCAGCGAUCCGGUCUCUUCGGUUCCUUCAGAUCCUGAGGAUGAUCCGGAUGGACCGACGAGGAGGAACCUGGAAACUGCUGGGAUCAGUGGUCUAUGCCCACAGCAAGGAGUUGAUCACAGCCUGGUAUAUCGGCUUCUUGUGUCUCAUUCUGGCCAGUUUCCUAGUUUAUUUGGCAGAAAAAGAAGACAAUGUGUGGUUUGAGACAUAUGCCGACGCCCUCUGGUGGGGACUGAUUACCUUGACAACCAUUGGUUAUGGAGACAAAUACCCAAUCACCUGGAAUGGACGUCUGCUGGCUGCAGCCUUCACUCUGAUCGGAGUUUCAUUCUUCGCACUGCCUGCUGGGAUCCUGGGUUCUGGUUUUGCUCUGAAGGUUCAGGAGCAGCACCGACAGAAACACUUUGAGAAGAGACGAAACCCGGCAGCAGGACUCAUACAGGCAGCAUGGAGGGUUUACGCCACAAACCUGAGCCGGACUGAUCUGAGCUCAACCUGGGAUUAUUACGAGAGGACUGUCUCUGUCCCAAUGUACAGGCUGAUUCCUCCUCUCAAUCAGCUGGAUUUAUUGAGGAACCUCAAGAACAAAUCAGGACUGUCAUUCAGGAAGGAUGUGCAGCCUGAACCUUCUCCCAGUCAGAAGGUUAGUCUGAAGGAGAGGGUCUUCUCAUCUCCCCGGAGUUCAGGAACCAAAGGGAAAAGUUCUCCUCAGCAUGUUGGCCCUGGUGUUGGCCCAGGGGUUCCUGGAGUCCCUGGAGGCCUCGGGGUAGCCCAGGCCCUCCGACGGUCGCCUAGCAUGGAGCCCAAUCUGGAGGAGAGUCCCAGUAAGGUUCCAAAGAGCUGGAGCUUUGGAGAACGGACCAGAACCCGACAGGCCUUCAGGAUCCGAGGAGCUGCCUCUCGCCAAAACUCGGAAGUGCUGAUAGAGAUGCAGGACGAAGAGUUCAGACAGAAGAGCUCCCCAGAGGCCAGCCUGCCAGGAGAAGACAUGGUUGACGAUAACAAGAGCUGCCACUGUGAGUUUGUACCUCAGGAUCUAACCCCGGGGUUGAAGGCCACCAUCAGAGCCAUCUGCAUCAUGAGGUUCAUGGUGUCUAAGAGGAAGUUUAAGGAGAGUCUUCGUCCCUAUGAUGUCAUGGAUGUGAUCGAACAGUAUUCAGCUGGACACCUGGACAUGCUCGCCCGCAUCAAGAAUCUUCAGUCAAGGGUGGAUCAAAUAGUUGGCAGAGGAACACCAAUUGCAGAUAAAGACCGUCCCAAAGCAGCCAGUGAUGAGCUUCCUGAGGACCCGAGCAUGAUGGGACGGCUGGGGAAGGUGGAAAAGCAGGUCCUCUCUAUGGAGAGAAAGUUGGACUUCCUUGUUAAUAUCUACAUCCAGCGAAUGGGAAUCCCUCAGGCUGAGACCGAUGCCUACUUUGGGUCUAAGGAACCGGACCCAGCCCCGCCCUACCACAGUCCAGUGGAUCAACUUGAGAAGAGCCAGUCCAUCUCAAAGAUUCUGCAGGUGUUGCCUGGUGACCAUGUAGAGAAGAGUCGUUACGUGACAAAGAUGGUCCGCUCAAGCAGCUCCACUGGACACAGGAACUACAAUUCCCCCACCUGCCCCCCCUCCACUUCCUGGCAGCCAAUCAGCUCUCAGCUCCACCAGCAGGGCCCUCCCCAGCAUAGCCACGGCAACACACCGAGUCCAGUGGGGGAUGGGUCACUGGUUCGACUCCCACCUCCUCCGGCUGGAGAGAGACAUAGCGGGAACCGAUCAAACCGUCACAGCACUGGAGACCGAGGGGGUGCAGAGACACUGGACAGGAGAGGAGAAGGGGGCAACGGAACAAGUGGAGGAAGAGGAGGGGGAGUGGAAGUGGAGGAGCUAAAGCUGGACAGUGACACCUCCGUCUCAAUCCCGUCAGUGGACCACGAGGAGCUGGAACGCUCCUUUAGUGGCUUCUCCAUCUCCCAGUCCAGAGAGAACCUGGACUUCCUCAACAAUGGCUUCUACUCCUCCACCAACCUGGGAGAACACCAUGGAGGAGGCAGUGGCGGGGCCACCCGCUGUGCCACGGUCCGGUCCUACAUUGCAGAGGGGGAGUCGGACUCUGACUCAGAGCUCUGUGCCCCCUCGCCACACUCAGACCGGGCCUGGACCGGAACCAAGUAGAGCUGAAGUAAACAACAGCCUCUACAGCAAUUAAAAUGUGAAUGAAAGCUAUGAAACUGUGAAGAGAAACGAGCCCAGGUCAGAGACUUGAAACACCAGCUAGUGGUCCUGAGUACAGAAGCUUCCUGGAAAUGGUGGGCAUCACAGUGUUUUUACUCAUAUGAAUGUUUUUCAGAUGUACACAAAAUGUUUGUCCACUGUUACUGAUUGGUUCACUGCUGGGUGAUGCUCACAACCGGGUUGGUUGGAUGUUUCCACAUUAACAGACAUUUGUAAACACUAUUAUCAGCAGCUCACUAUUCCAUUUAUUCAUUAUGUAUUAAAAACACAUGAUGGGAGCGACUGUCACUCUUUGGGAUCCACUUGUUUUCUUCUGCCCUCUAAAGGUAGACUGCUGUAACUGCAGAAAUGGUUAAAAUGCUCAGGUGGGAAAACUGAGUUAAAAGGUAAGAAUAUUAUGCCCUCAUUUUGUCUUGUAUUGAUUUUACUUAAAAUCACAGUCAUAGACCAAGUAACUUAUUUAAAAAAGUGAAUCUCCUGUCUUUGGAUAAUGUCACUGGAAUUUUGUUAGCUGUAGCUAAUUAAUUAUCUACAUGGGUCACUUCAUCUUCAGCUGAUUUUUUUUUUUGUUUGUUUGUUUUGUUUUUGUUUCCAGCUGAUGUGUUUGACCAUGAGAACCCUGUAAAAGUUGUCUGGUGGCUACAUAUUAUUACAGACUGAGGCAAAAGCUAACAGGCCUCAGAUUACAUUAGUAACACAGUUUAAUAUAUUCCUUAUACAUUUUUUUGUGUUAAUAGAAAGUCGAUCAAAAAUCCAUCACACACAGAUUAGCUGACUAGUUGACCGCUGCUAAGCUGUGAGUGGACAGUCACUAUUCAGGGGAGGGGUUUACUACAUGGUCGGUUAAAAGUCAGACUUGACGUAAACAGUGCUAACAAAUGAGAAACUUAUUACCAACCCCACAUGAACACAUCACUCUUUACAUGAGCAUGAUGCCAUAAUAACAGCAGUUUGUAUGAUGUAAUCAUCCAACCAUUAUUUAUAACUACUAGUCAUUAAUUAAUCCCAAACACAUUGUUAAAUUACACAGACACUUGUGCAUUAAUGACAUAAUACUGAUGAAUGUUUGUAAUGGAUAUAAAAUUAGUUGCUUAAUUUAAAUCCUUCAAAUGGGUGUUGGAGAAAAAGUGGUACAACUAAAUCUUUAUGACUCUUGUUUUGGCAGCUCAGACUAACACAAACUUUGUGUACAGAACUUUGCUUGUUUGAUGAUAUUUCACUAUGAAUUAAAAACCUUUAACCACAA